CUCCACUCCAGUCUGUGCUGUGCAAUUAAAACCCCCACCGUAUAUAUAAAAAAAUAGACGCUCCUCUCUGACAGUCCGACCAGGCGCUCGCUGAGACCGCCCGUCCGCCUCUGCUCCAGAUUCAAAGAAUUUCUGUCUCUCCCCCCUCCCACCACUCAUCGCUUCUGAGGAGAAAGAGACCGUGUGUGUUUUAUUUUCUCUCUCCUUUUUUUGUUAAUUCCUUGAGAGGGGAAGAACUCUGUGUUGAAGCGGACCAUUCCGAUCCUGUUUGAAGAGAGGAAGAGGAGGGAAGAGGGGAGCUUACUGCUGCUGAAGAAAGAAAAUAAGAAGCCGGGCACAACUUUCUCUGAAGCCUUUCAGCCGAAAGCAACUUUCAUUCUGGAUUGUUGAAGGGAAAAGAGGAAGGUGGUGCGAAAAAAAACAUUUUUUUUUGUUAAUUUCGCACUGCACGUUGCCUGCUUGCCUUGUGCCAUCGGUGAAGUAUUCGUGCGUGCGAGAAGAGUUUAUCUCUUGAAACUUUCGCUGUGAUUUUUCUUGUGGGCUUUUUUUUUUGCGUUAAGUACAUAAAGUUUUUUUUUGUUGUUGUGCUGCUUGCAAAAAAAGAAAAGAAAGCCAGUGCGAAAAAAAAAUGGUUCCUUCUGGGAUGUACCUGGCUGCCAAGUUGCUAGCAGCCGUGCACCUUCUGCAGUUGUUCGCUCAGAGCGGCCGGGCUCUGGUGUGCUUACCGUGCGAGGAAUCUAAAUGCGAGGAGCCCAGGAACUGCCCCGGGAGUAUCGUGAUGGACUUCUGCGGCUGCUGCUCUGCCUGCGCCCGGCAGAAGAACGAGAGCUGCGGCGGCGUGUACGGUCUGUACGGGACUUGUGACCGCGGCCUCCGGUGUGUGAUCCGACCCCCGUUCAAUGGCGAUUCCAUCACCGGCUACCAAGUUGGGCUUUGCGAAGAUGAGAGCUGGGAAGACGACCAACUUAUUGGAAUCGAGCCCUGCAAUGAAAACCUAGCAACAGGCUGCAACAUCGUCAAUGGGAAGUGCGAGUGUGACAGUAUUCGGACCUGUAACAAUCCGUUCGUAUUUCCCAGUCGGGAAAACUGCCUUUUGGCAAUAAAGCAGAUUGAAGAAGAGAAGCCGGAUUGCUCCAAAGCCAGGUGUGAGGUCCAGUUCUCUCCCCGUUGCCCAGAAGACUCCAUCCUGAUUGAAGGCUAUGCUCCCCCCGGCGAGUGUUGCCCCCUCCCAAGCCGUUGUGUGUGUAACCCAGCUGGCUGUCUGCGGAAGGUCUGUCAGCCCGGAUACCAGAGCAUUCUCGUUUCCAAAGCAUCGGGAAAACCAGGGGAAUGCUGUGACCUGUAUGAAUGCAAGAAAGUGUAUAACGUGGACUGCAGCACAGUGGACUGCCCCGCCAUUCAGCCCGUCGUCUGCCCACCCGACAGCUAUGAGACCCCGACCCGACUAACUGCUGAUGGCUGCUGCACUCUCCCGACACGGUGUGAGUGUUUGCUGGGAAUCUGCCGUGUCCCUAAGUGUGAGGCUGGCACGGUGCCACGUAUCAUUUCACCUGGGGAUGGCCUGCCAGGGAGAUGCUGUGAUCUGUUCGAGUGCAUCAAUGAGACAAAGCCCACGUGCAUAUUCAAUGGUGUGGAAUAUUACGACGGGAAUAUGUUCCGGAUGGACGCGUGCCGUUUCUGUAGGUGUCAAGGUGGUGUCUCGAUUUGUUUCUCAGCACAGUGCGGAGAGCUGCACUGCGACAGGUACUAUGUACCCGAGGGAGAGUGCUGCCCGGUCUGUGAAGAUCCAAUAUACCCCAUCCGCAACCCCGCUGGGUGUUAUGCCAAUGGGCAGAUCCGUGCCCACGGUGACAGGUGGCGUGAAGACGAUUGCACCUUCUGCCAAUGUAUUAACGGAGAGCCCCACUGUGUGGCCACAGCCUGUGGUCAGAGCUGCUUGAACCCAGUGAAGAUUCCAGGAGAAUGCUGCCCUGUGUGCGAAGAGCCAACAUACAUCACCAUUGGGCCUCCGACAUGCGAGCUGCUGAUCAACUGCACCCUGACGGAAAGAGACUGUAUCUAUGGCUUCAAGCUGGACCACAGUGGAUGCCACACGUGUCAGUGCAAAACCAGAGAAGAGCUGUGCACAGGCCUCAUAUCGGGAUGUGGCCUGGACUGUCCCUUCGGCCUGCAGACUGAUGUACACGGCUGCGAGAUCUGCCAGUGCCGCACGCGGCCAAAGAAAUGCAAGCCCGUGGUUUGUGACAAAUACUGUCCUUUCGGAUACAUGAAAAAUAAACAUAGCUGCGAUAUCUGUCGCUGCAAGAAGUGCCCAGAGCGUCCGUGUGACAAGUAUUGUCCAAUGGGAUUCGAGCAAGACGUUUAUGGCUGUCUUAUCUGCAAGUGCAAGGAGGUGCCCACGACUGCCAUCCCACCGGUCAAAACAGGCUCAUGCUUGUCCAUGGAUGGGCGACGCCAUGAGAGCGGUGAGAGUUGGCAUGACGGUUGCCGUGAAUGUUACUGCUACAGUGGACGCGAGAUGUGUGCGCUCAUCACCUGCUCCGUGCCCAACUGUGGAAAUCCUACCAUCCGCCCUGGGCAAUGCUGCCCAUCGUGCCCAGAAGACUCUGGCCUUUGGAAGCCUGAGCUAAGUGAUACAUCGAUCUGCCACGCUCCUGGGGGCGAAUACUUUGUGGAAGGAGAAACUUGGAACAUUGACUCCUGCACCCAGUGCACAUGCCACAGCGGGCGUGUGCUCUGCGACACUGAGGUCUGCCCACCCAUCCUCUGCCAAAACCCCAUCAGGACGCCAGACUCAUGCUGCCCGCAGUGCCCAGACGAACCUCUUCAGCCAAUGUCGCCAAGCAACAGAAGUAUGCCUGGUUACUGCAAGAACGAUGAAGGUGAUAUCUUCCUGGCAGCUGAAUCCUGGAAGCCAAAUGUCUGCAGCAGCUGCAUUUGCAUGGAAGGUGUCAUCAGCUGCUACUCGGAGUCGUGCCCAGCCGUGACCUGUGCUCGGCCUGUCCUGCGGAAAGGGCAGUGCUGCCCUUACUGUAUUGAGGAAAGCAUCCCAAGCAAAAUUGUGUGUCACUUCAAUGAGAAAACCUAUGCAGAUGAGGAGCGAUGGGACAUUGACAGCUGUACACACUGUUACUGCCUACAAGGGCAGACACUCUGCUCCACAGUCAGCUGCCCUCCCCUCCCCUGCCUGGAACCUGUCUACAUGGAUGGAAGCUGCUGCCCUGUGUGCCCAGACCCGUACAUGCCAGAGCCCACCAACAUACCCAUCGAGAAGUUUGACCAGAGGGGUCAGAUCGAAGUGGAAGCCCCGUUCUGGCCAACAUCAAGUGGGAAUGAAAUACCCGCACACCUUCGGGAUGAUGAGAACCUCCGUGUAAACGCGAUAGGUGGAGACUAUCCCCGGUACAGUGAAGAUUCUGCUAUGCACUCAGUGGCUUGGGUGGCACUGCCCAUCAUGAUUGCUCUUGUUCUAGUCAUAGCUCUGCUGCUGGUCAACCAGAAGAAGCAGUGGAUCCCAGUGCCGUGUUACAGAGCUCCUACAAAGCCCUCAUGUCUGAACAACCAGCUGGUGUAUGUGGACUGUAAGAAAGGAACCAUGGUUCAGGUGGACAGCUCCCAGAGGAUGCUGAGAAUGGCAGACCCAGAUUCCAGACACAGUGGUUUCUACAGCAUGCCAAACACAAAGCAAAACAAUUUACAAGUGGACAGCUUCUAUCAAACGCACUGGAUCAUGUAAAGAUACUACCAGAGAUGAGGACAACCACAGCAGGCUUUUCCCUGAAAACCACCAGCCUCUCUGGUGGCUUCCUAAGAGUUUCGGAAGGUGGACUAUAGAAGAAACUUUGUUGGACAAAGUUCCUGCUCGAUAUUGAACGAGAAAAAAAGACUGGGUUUUGUGCUUACUGGUAUGCAGACUAGAGACUGCUUCCGUGAUAGGAAGCUUCGUAAUUAUAUAUUACUCAAGCACCUUUUUUGAAGCUCAGAAAAAGGAGAUUAUGCUUUGUGAAACAUUAGCAUUAUAGGAAUAUUUAUGUUAAUAUAUAUUAUGCUAAAACAAAAGUAUUUGUACAUAUAUAUAAUUUUCUAUGUUUUCCUGUUUAAUGUAUUUAUAUCCUAGAGAGAUUUUAUCCAGUUUAAAAAAAAAUUAGCUUAACAGUCAUUCCAUUUUAGUGCUUGAUGGCUCACAGGACUCGCAAAAGGAAAGAGCAUCUCAUUUUACCUAAGAUUUUGUGCCUUUUUGCUGACGGCUUCAGCACUGCUCUCGCUACUUCUGAUUUCAGCCUCCAAAGGGCUUUAAAGAUCGCAAAAUGGGUCUCACAGUUAUCCAUAAUACAGUACCAAUGCUUGUCAAUCUUGAAUUUUUUCUCCCCCACUUAAAAGUUAGUCUUUCUUUUGUCCAGCUACUAUGUCAUUGAUUAACUUGUACAGCUUUUGUGUCAGUCUGUUGUUUGAUUCCUGUUGCAAUUUAAGGAUAUUAUGCACUGGGCAGCAUUUUUUUUUGGUUCCUAUUAUAAACAGUGUGCUUUGUACUUGUUUGUCUUUUUUUCCUCCUCUUGCAGAAGUUCUGACAGGCAGUUUUUCUCUUCCCAGAAUGCACCAGGAUCUCUAUUUGUAAAAUAAAAUAACAGAAGCUGUUAUUCCCCAGUGGCAGAGUGAAUAAAAUGCAGAGCCUGGUGCAGAGCUUAGCUCACAGGACAAGGUGGUCCCAGUCUCAAUUCCCAGGCUAUGCUCUAAGGUGCCCCUGUCGGCUCGGGCAUCGGUAAGGGAGCCAGUGAAUGGCCUCAUGGCUCCCAGGUUCAGGAGGGAAUGAUUUAACCGAUGUCCCUGCUCCCUCACUCCCCACCUACGGGCAAGGACAGGAUCAGGCUCAGCUCUCAUCGGAGACCAGAAUACUGCAGAUGCUGCUGGAAACCUGAAAUAAGAACAGAAGACGCUGGAGAUACUGUGCGGGGUGAUGCCAGUGUUUGUGGAGAGAAACAGAAGGGUGGAUUUUACUCCCUUCCCCAGCCCCCAGCCCUCACUGCUGUAUUUGAAGGCAGGGCUAGGGGAGGGGUGAUGUACAGGGGAGAUUGUAAAAUGGACAGCUGGCCUGCCCAUUCAUCCUGACCUGUCUCCCACAUUACACGGGUAGGGACGGUAUCAGACAGCCAAGCCGCCUUCGGGUCUCUUGAGGCCCUCAAGUUCCAAACAGUGGCCAACAAAGGGCCUCAUUCUGUAUCCUCGUGCUGUUGUUUUAUGUGUUCCCGGAGGCAAGGGCUUCUGCACUUAGUGGACAGAAUCUUCUCCCCUUUAUCCCGGGAGAAGGGUGGAGGUGGCACUUAAUUAGGCAGGUAGCAUAUCCGAAUCCUUCCAUACCCCGGGGUCUUGAUUCCAGUGGAAAGCCCACCGGAUAGCCUCGCCACUGCCUGAUUAGUAUGUGAUCCUAUGGGCCUUCCCCGGAAGAGACAAAGUGGGUUUCUCACCAGUCGACCCCAAUGAUUUCAAUGCCUCCUCCCCCGCCCUGUCUGAACUAAUAUCCCCACCAAUCACAUUCCUCUCCCACCCCUGCGUCAUUUUACAUCGGCCUCAGUAAAACCUCCAGCCCCAACAGUUCAGCCUUGGGACCUCCAUUCACACCUGUUAAUUAAAUUGUCCCCUCCCUCUGCUUUUGAUGCUGAGUAAAAUCCUCCCUCUUUUCCCUCUCUGCGAUGGUGUCUGUCAUCACUCCCUCAAAUGCAACAGGCACAGACUUCCACCCAUUUAUCCCUUGUGCAGUUUAGCUAUUAAUCACUGGAUCUGACUGAACUGCACAAAGUAUAAUUGACCCUGCUCUUUGUUGUCACAACGAUCCCAGCUCCACAAUUGACCAAAAACAAGGCAUUUCCGUCCAAAGGGAACUUUGGAUUAUUUUCUCCACGAACUAUUGGCCUCUUAAGCCACUUCAAACCCACCUCCAACAAGCACAAAAGAGCUCAUGGACUUUGUCAGGAAAUUGGAGCCCAUUUAUUGAGUUGUGUCUGCUGCAUUGUCCCCCUUCCUUUGUCCACCAAGCUGAAGAACACCACACCCCCCUCCCCCAAUGCCUUCGCCUGAAGCAUGAUGAAGCCUGACUCAGGUGAGUAAACAAUAACAGGCUCAGUUAGACAUAACUCUAUAUACGAGGGAUGGUAAAACAGGUCAUCUUCUGGAACCCUGCACACUCAAGUCUCAGUUCAUGUGAUCUAAACCACGUAACUCCUUAUGCACAUGCUCAGUUGUUCUUAGAGUAAAGGUAUAGUUAACCCUUUACUCCACACUGCCCUUGCCUUGAACUCAUCUUCCAAUUUUUUCUUUUAGUUCUCAUUAUGCCAUGUCUGAGCUCAUCUUGUCCCUGAGAGCAACCACGUACUCUCUCAAUCCAGUUCCUACAAAACAGCUUCCCUUCCUGACAUUCGCAACAGCAAGCAUUGUAAGUGGUUCCCUCUCCUCAGGAUUGCUUACCCACCCGUGGGGUCCCUCCCCUGAAAAACAUUUCCUUGAACUCCCCCCUUCUACUGUCUUUGAUAGCUACCACCCCAUCUUGAACUUCCCUUUCCUCUGAGAGGUCCAAGAAAGUGUUGUCAUUCCGCUCUUCCACCCCCACCUGGCUCCAUGGGGCUGAAUGCUACAGGCCACUCACCGAUAAGAUAGUAGAGCAGGUGGAGCCAGGAGAGGGUGACCCAGUACUGUCCUGCUGCCUGUCUAUCCAACUCUGCCCCAAACAAGAUUUCAGGGAACAGAAGGAAUGGGGGUGGACUGAGUGUGUUGCCCAUCAUUGUGCCAAUCGAAGCUCUUAAGUGGGCAUUUAAUGCCACAUUUAAGGCCUGGUCCUCCCCUAACCCCUGGCCAGUUCUUGACGUAAUGGAUGGCAGGAGAGAUCUGCACCCAAUAUGUAGACUGGCAGAUUAAAUCCUGCACGCUGCCGGCUGGUAGAAUUGUAGAGCUUGUGUCAAGGUGCCCUGUGUCUAUCAGAGACCUCGUUCCUCUCCCACCGCUCAGUCAAACAUACUCUCCCCACCCCACCCCUCGCCGGGAUCUGUCAGCCUGCUGGCCCAAGAGUAAUCCCAGAGCUACCGGAAUAUUCAGAUCCAUCGCUGACUUGUCACCUCCUGCCCUUCCUGUAGCACCCACGGGUGCUCAGCACUCCUGCUUGGCAUUGCCAGUGAACAGAGAUGUUGAUCAAUGCAGUGGAGCUUCAACCUGGAAGUGGGGGUGGAGUGGGGAGAAGACUACCCCUCCCCUCACCCUCCCCCUCUCCCACACACUAGUCAAAGGGCCAUCGUGUUAAAAAAAAAUGGAAAUGACGUCCAGGGAGCCCAAACCGCAACGUGUCCCAUCAGAGUUUGCGUUCCUCCAACUCUGACCCUUAUGCACUCCCCCCAACCCCGCCCCAUCCAUUAUCCCCAGAAUUGGUGGCUGUGCGUUCAGCUACGUUACCCACACCAUCUGUCUUCUCUCCCCAACGCACUCCUUGCAACCUACCUCUUUGACAAAACAUUUAAUUGCCCUUUUCGAUAUCCCUUCCUUUCAAUUAUUGUCCAACUAAUUUCCUAUGAGGCACCAAGGGCGCCACUUUUAUUUUGCCCUGACAUAAAGGUGCUAUGCAAAUGCAGGUUGUUGAUUGAACGUGAUUUAUUUGCUCCAUUGAAGUAUGUAUUAUGGGUAAUUGUGAAGAUCUCCAGAUGGCAUUGAAAGGCAUCACCAACCUACAUUGAGGGAGAGAGAGAAAGAUACAAAGUAAAUGACAUGGUUCCUGGUACUGAAAAGUUACUAAUAAAAGAACUACUGGAAUGUUUGCAUUGAUAAGCUGGACUUUUUUUUUGUAGUAUGCCUAUUAGUGGUUAUAACUUACUAAAUGUAUUAAAAACAAAAGACAGGUCUUGGCACUUUUUGUACUAAUUAGCCCUUUUUUGUGUAAUACCUUUUUAAAGUGCUUUCAUGAGAAAAACCAUUUCCCAGUUUGCUUUAAUGUGAAAACAUUUGUACUUGUGUUUCGUAGUGGAAUUCUCAAGUAUUGUUGUAGAUACUUGGGGUCGAAGCUUGCUGAACUUGAAGCUGAAAAAAAGUCUAAUUUAUUGUUUGACCUAAUUUAUUAAUCUGAAGAUUAAUGAAAAGUUAGAACAUCGCAAGAUGUACAGUUUUUUUGCGCUAUUUGUACGGAAGGAAAAGAAAGGUGAUCUGGUUUAAUUAAGGGUCGAGAUUUUUUCCUGUCUACAUGACUGUUUCAUUGUUCCCACCCAGUGAUGGUUAUCUCUUGAAACUUGUUUUCUUUGCUGUCUGUACCCCCACUUUCUCCCCUGCCAUCCCAUCCCCGACUCUCCCCACUUGGAUAUGGGAAUAGAAUUCUUCCUGUAUGAUCAAGACCAAUUGUUUAUUCCUUUCCCAACCAAAAGAAUUGUGUUGAGAAUUUUUUUAACAGGUAUUAUUUCACUACUUGUUCUUAUUUUUGUGAUUGUGGUUGAAUUUUGGAGAUGACAUUAAAAUAAAAACUAACAGGAUGCAGGACAUAUGGGGUAAGAUGCUUUUUUAAAAAAAAUAUGAGGGGAAGAAAGAUUGCUGUCCACUACGUACUGUAUCCAUUACACUCUUGUACUUUGGUUACUGUUGUGCUAAUGUAAGAUAAUGCAAAAUAUUUCUAAAAUAGAUGCGUAUGUGGCACUUGGAGUGCACUGCAGUUCCGCAGUUUGCUUGUUUACUUUUUUUUUAAAUGUAAGGCAUUUUCUUGUAAAUUCGCUCUUGACAGCACAAUAAACAUCGUUAAACCCA